AUGUUCUAUGAUCUCAAUGUCCCAUAUAGCCCGGAUGACCCAGAGGUGCCCCACACUCUAAAUUUUCUGGCUGAACUUGGUUACACCACCGUCGCCCUGUCCCAAACUAUCACCGGAAAGCUCCCUACAACCAUCAAACCACCACUUCUUCCGCAGAAUCCACCUAAAUCCCUCCAACUAUUGACCCGCCUGAACUUGACCCUCGCCGAUCCCGCCCAAAAUCAACGUUUGAACAAUCUGUCCCAAGCUUAUGACUUGGUUGCGCUUCGCCCAACAAAUGAAAAAGCUCUUUUGAACGCCUGUACAAACCUAGAAUGUGAUAUCGUCUCACUUGACCUCUCAGUUCGACUCCCAUACCACUUCAAAUUCAAGAUGCUGUCUGCUGCAGUGUCACGUGGGGUUCGUCUAGAGAUCUGCUAUGGACCGGGAGUCACGGGAAGCGGAGUAGAUGCUCGCCGCAAUCUGAUUGGGAAUGCUAUGGCCUUGGUUCGGGCAACACGCGGACGUGGCAUUAUUGUGUCAAGUGAGGCUCGGAGGGCGUUGAGCUUGCGAGCUCCGUGGGAUGUGAUCAAUUUAACAUGUAUAUGGGGUCUAUCACAAGAACGUGGUAAGGAGGCUAUCUGCGAGGAAGCACGAAAAGUGACAGCAUUGGCAAAACUGAAGCGAAAUAGCUGGCGGGGAAUUGUUGACAUUAUCCACGGUGGAGAGAAAGCCAGCUCCGAGAAGCCCACGCCAACACAAAAAGCCACGAACAAGUCCAAUGCGUCUCCCGAGAAGAGUAAAGAUGCGGAUAACCUGAAAAGAAAGGCGUCUAUCGGCUCUGACGCGGUGGCGGAAGAAGCCGAGAAGCACUUAUCAAAGCGGGAAUUGAAACGGCGAGCAAAGAAAGCUCGGUUGGAAACUCUCGGACCAGAUGCAAGCUGA